AUGCCGCAACACCAGCCACCAAAAGAUGCAGAGAGGUCUGGUCUGGUUGAAGAUGCUUCCGCCGUAGUGUGGCCCACUAUGGAACAUACCGCGCUUUGGGCUAGAUUGUCCGCAGAAAUAAAGUCUGCUCAACUUCCGCGCACUCAUGCCUGCAAACACUAUAACGAGGGACUGACUCGUAAACUACUAGAGACACCAGAAAAAGAUUUCCCGCUACCGGUACGAAAACUGGGCCGAGUGCCGGACCUUUGUAAGCAGCGGGGAUUCGGAUUUAUCCGCGACCUGGCGAAUGACCGCGAUUAUUAUGUGAACCGCCGGUCAGUGAAGAGAAAAGAUCUUCCCCCUUGGCUACACAGCUUGUAUGUGAAUGAAGUAGUCGAAUUCACCCCUGCAGAGGAAUUCCAGAUCCGUCACAAGAAACAUUUACAUGAAAGAACUGAGAAACUUCUAGAGAACAAACCUCCAAGAUGUGACCAGCGAGAGGAGAGUUUUCCAUUCUCUACACGUUAUGUCAACCUCAUCAUUGUCUCCACUGAUCACUUCAGAAAACGCUCUGAGAAUGAGCUCAUAGAGACCGGGGUAAAACAUGAGGAAUACUUAAAGAGAAAACAAAACCAAUUACUACACAUUUCCCGCAACAAACUGUUCCGCUGGUGCCACCGAUCCAGACUUGUGCCACGUAUGGUAAUGGUGAGCGGAGUGCCUGGUGCAGGGAAGACCACACUGAUGCAGAAGGUUGUCUAUGACUGGGUGAAGGGGGAUCUCUAUCAAAGAUUCUCCUUUGUCUUUUUCUUCAAAUUCCGAGAACUCAACAGACUGGAUAAAGUUAGUCUGGAGACUCUAAUCCUUCAUCAGUACCCAUAUCUGGAGGAGCAGCUUAGUAACAUCCUACAGGAACCAGAAAAACUUCUCUUUAUAUUUGAUGGUUUAGAUGAAAGUCGUCAUAACAUGGAUUUCUCAUCACGUCACUUGGGCUCUAAUCCUAAACUGCCUGAACCUUGUGGUCAGAUUGUGGUUAGUUUGGUGAGAAAGUCUCUUCUUGAUGGUUGUUCUGUCCUAAUGACCAGUCGCCCAACCAGACUGGCAUCAAUUGAUUGUACAGUUUUCCAGAGAAUAGUGGAAAUUACUGGGUUUUUACCAGAAGAACGACGGAUGUACUUUCAAAACUUCUUCCCCGACCCUGAACUGGCAGAAAAGGCUUUUAAUUAUGUGAAGCAGAAUGACACCCUGUACACGUUCUGUUACCUCCCGUCCUACUGCUGGAUCACCUGUACUGUAUUAUCCAGGAGCUUCCAGCCAACAAGUAGUGAUCAGCCGGUGUCAUUAUUACCCAAAACCGUCACCCAGCUCUUUGCGAUAUUUGUCGCCAACAUCCUGUCCAAUCAUUGCCUGGACAAAAGUGACGCUCAGAAGAUCCUGCAGUCCAUCGGAUGGAUGGCAGAACAUGGAGUCAUGAAUCACAGGAUUAUCUUUGAUGACCGAGAUCUGGACUGUUUUCAUGUGGACAAUACGUCAAAGCUCUUAUCAAGUUUUCUGAUGGAAUCGGAGGAACCUGUGUCCUAUUCCUUCUUACAUCUCACUGUUCAGGAAUUCUUCUCUGCCUUGGUGCAUUAUGUGGACUAUUCUCCUGAAAAGUUACAGAAAUCACUAAAAGAUGCCAAAUCCUAUCCUGAUGGACGAGGUGAGAUGUUCCUCCGUUUCCUGUGUGGUCUAUCAGAUGGCUCCACCAGGUCAAUGCUAACUGGAUACCUGGACAGACAAGCAGCUCAGACAUCUAUAGAUGUCAUCACUUGGCUAAAUGAGUUCAAUCUAGAAGAUCAGUGGAUGUUGGAUAACAAGCGACAUCUUCUCAGUACAUUUUUCUAUCUGUAUGAAUCCCGGAAUAAGGCUCUGGUGCUGGAAUCAUUACAAUCACACAGAAGUCUUGACUUUUCCAAUGUUCGUAUGUCGGCUCUAAACUGCACAGUGUUAAGGUUUAUUCUGGACACCUGCACAAAUAUAGAAGACCUCAAUCUACGUGGAUGUUCAUUAGACUAUGAAGGAUUAGAAAGACUUGCUCCAGGAUUACAUAACCUGCAGAAUCUGAGAUUGGAUAAUAAUAAACUACCAGACACUUCCUGCAUCCAGUUGGCAUCUGUAAUAAGGAAUAACCCGUCUCUGAAGAAACUUGACCUGUCUGGUAACCGACUGUCUGGUCCUCACUUCAGUGACUUGAUGGAGGCUCUGUCCAGUCCGGCCUGCAGGAUAGAGAGAUUAUAUUUGGCUGAUAAUCGUCUACCAGACACUUCCUGCAUCCAGUUGGCAUCUGGAAUAAGGAAUAACCCGACCCUGAAGAAACUUGACCUGUCUGUUAACAGUCUGUCCGGUCCUCACUUCAGUGACCUGAUGGAGGCUCUGUCCAGUCCGGCCUGCAGGAUAGAGACAUUACAAUUGGCUGAUAAUGAUCUACCAGACACUUCCUGCAUCCAGUUGGCAUCUGUAAUAAGGAAUAACCGGUACCUGAAGAGACUUGACCUGUCUUAUAACCGUCUGUCUGGUCCUCACUUCAGUGACUUGAUGGAGACUCUGUCCAGUCUGACCUGCAGGAUAGAGGAGUUACAAUUGGGUGGUAAUGAUCUACCAGACACUUCCUGCAUCCAGUUGGCAUCUGUAAUAAGGAAUAACCGGUCCCUGAAGAUACUUGUCCUUUCUAAUAACAGUCUGUCUGGUCCUCACUUCAGUGACUUGAUGGAGGCUCUGUCCAGUCCGGCCUGCAGGAUACAGGAAUUAGAUUUGGGUCGUAAUGGUCUACCAGACACUUCCUGCAUCCAGUUGGCAUCUGUAAUAAGGAAUAACCAGUCCCUGAAGAUACUUUACCUGUCUGGUAACCGUCUGUCUGGUCCUCACUUCAGUGACUUGAUGGAGGCUCUGUCCAGUCCGGCCUGCAGGAUAGAGGAAUUACUGUUCCGGUUCCGAGGCUUCACUGCCUGCCUGGGGCCCCUCGCUUAUGUCCAGCUGGCACUUUCCUGGUGUAAGGGUCAAGCCUCCCUGGCAGAUCUGCCCGAGCAUCUGCGCCAGAUGCUCUCGGGGAUCCUCCCCUGUAGGACCGAAGACGACAAUGGCCUCCAGCUCCUGGUCGCCAUUACCUCCUGCCAGACCUUGCUCACGGGCAAGAUUGAGGAGGUGAGAGUGGAGAGUGCCUACUACGCCAUGAUGUGCAACAACUCAGAGACAGAGCUCGCCACACAGAGGAUCGAAUCUUAG